AUGCCCACAAUGUCCCUAUCGAGACCAACCACACCAAUUGGAGACAGACGGCAAACUAGCAGACGUUAUCUGAGAAGAUCGUCCGGCAUUCCAUUACCAUCACAGUCACCACAUCAUUAUCCUGUUGAUCCCGACAACCUACCCAUGGACUGCCCUGAGAUUGUCAACAAGGUAAGAGACAUAGCUGAUGGAAUAGAGGAUCUUGAUAUAAACGUUAGGGAUUUGAAUCAUAUACAUAAUGCCGUUGCAAGCCAAUUCAAUGAGUCCUUCGCAAGUUUCUUAUAUGGAUUAUCCAUCACUAUGUGGUGCGUUGAUCUUCCCAAGUGCCCGUCGCAAAAAGCCUGGCAGCGGUUACAAUUGAGAAAGAAGAAGAAAGAGCAUAUUGCAGAAUUGAGGAGGAAAAUUGAAGAGGCCGCAAGAUUGAAUGUGGAAUUGAAGGAAAAGGUAGCUAAAGAAACAAGACCGCUUACCCAUGCACGUCCGAUGAGUAGACAACUUCCAUCAACGAAACGGUUUCGGCCCAGCAAUGAGAAUAUCAAAUCCAAUGGCGCAAAUAUUGUUAGAAAACCAGAUGUUCCUGCCACUCGUAUUUCCAGAAUACCUCAGCCUGUGUCGGGGUUGCUAAGAACACACCAAGUGCCGACAACCUCGAGUAGCAACGCACCAAAUUUGGACCAGCCACCUAGAUACAUGCGAGGGCUUUUCAAAAAUGACGCAACGCCAGUGAAACCAAGGAGUGGGCUACAAGCGAAACAGCAACCCCAAAAUUUGAGUCAGCGACCACCAUUUAGGUAA